CGCACGUCACGUUAUCCCAACAAUAUCACCGUCGUUUGAGUCUCUGCCACCUUUUUUCACCCUCAUUUUACGCAAAUGUUAUCAAAUUUCAGAUGAAUAAACCAUCGCCACCCACUCAAAUUUCUUCCUAAUCCCCAUCACCAUCAAUAUCCUCAACAAAACCCUUUAAUUCUUUCAAGAUUUGGUCUUGAAAUUCAUUUCUUUUCUUUUCCACCGAUUAUUAAUUGGUUUUGAAUAAUAAUAAUAAUAAUCGGUUACGGUUCAAGGGUUAUUUAUACAUGGGUUGGAGUCCGACGUCGGAUAAAACCCACGGGUCGCGGUGGCGCGUGCACGACAAUGGCGGUGGCGCGUGCAUCUUGCAUCCUCUGUUUGUUUCGUUUCUGCUGUGUAUUUCAUUUGGGGUUUUUUAUAUGUUUUAUUUGUUUAGUGGCAGUAAUUUGGGUUAUGAGAUAUCAGUUGGUUGUCAAGAUGAUAAUGAAGGGUCAUGGGGGAUUGGAGUUUUCUAUGGGGAUUCACCCUUUUCUCUUAAACCCAUUGAAGAUAUGAAUAUAUGGGACAAUAGAAGUGCAGCAUGGCCUGUAGCAAACCCAGUUUUGACUUGUGCUUCAGUCACCGACGCUGGGAUCCCGAGUAAUUUUGUUCUUGACCCCUUUCUUUAUGCUAAGGAUGAUAUGCUUUACAUGUUCUUUGAAAGCAAGAAUCCGAUAACAAGGCAAGGAGAUAUCGGUGUUGCAAGAAGCAUGGAUGAUGGAGCAACAUGGGAACAUUUGGGUGUGGCAUUGGAUAAAGAUUGGCAUCUUUCACAUCCAUAUGUAUUCGACUACAAUGGUCAAAUAUAUAUGAUGCCUGAUGGAAGUAGAAAUGGGGAUCUUCGUCUUUACCGAGCAACAGAAUUUCCUUUAAAGUGGAAACUUGAAAAGAUCAUCUUGGGCCGCCCACUCGUGGAUGCGUUUAUCAUACAACACGAAGAAAAGUACUGGAUAUUCGGUUCUAUUCGAAGUCGAAUCACCUGCCAACAUCUUGAAAUCUGGUAUAGUAACUCGCCAUUCGGCCCAUGGACCGCACACAGGAAAAACCCCAUUUCAGGACCACUAAACGGAGGCCGACCCUUUUUAUACAACGGGAAUCUCUAUAGAUUAGCUCAUGACGAACGUGUUCGUGUUUUCAAAAUUGAAAUUUUUUCGGUAAACAACUACAAAGAAGUAGAAGUUGAUUUGGGAAUGAAGAACCCCACAAAAGGUAAAAAUGCAUGGAACGGGGCACGAUCUCAUCACCUUAAUGUUCACCGGUUAAGAACCGGGAAGUGGCUCGCGGUUGCAGACGGAGAUAGGACUCUUUAUGGUGACGUUACGCGUAGACGCAUAGUUGGGUGCGGUUUAGUUGUAACCGCUGGUUCGAUCAUUUACGUUAUAUGCUGGCUACUUGGGUUUGUCAAAUGCUUAGUCACCCACAAUUUGAAGAGGAAAAAUCCCGCGUAUUUAGUCUGGGAGAGAUUAAAGUUGAGGUUACGGUUGAAUAUAAACCCGAAUACUUACACGGGUAAGUUUAUUUUUGCAUUACUAGUGAUGAUCUCAGUUAUGAUAAUGUGCGUCGGAUUUUGGUACAUCUACGGCGGAAACGGGGCGGAUAAACCGUAUUCCGUUAACAGUCGGUUUUCUCAGUUUACGUUAUUAGCAAUGACGUACGAUGCUCGAAUCUGGAACUUAAAAAUGUACGUAAAACAUUACUCUCGAUGUGCCUCGGUUCGCGAAAUCGUGGUGGUUUGGAACAAAGGGAAGCUGCCGGACCUAAACGAUCUGGACUCGACGGUUCCGGUCAGGUUCCGGGUCGAGGAGCAAAACUCGUUAAACAACCGGUUUAGGCCCGACCCAUUAAUAAAGACCAAAGCGGUUCUCGAGCUAGACGAUGAUAUCAUGAUGAACUGUGACGAUCUCGAACGUGGGUUUAAAAUAUGGCGGGAAAACCCUCAACGGCUAGUCGGGUUUUACCCGCGCUUAGUCACUGGACCACCACCAUUGAUGUAUCGACCCGAGAAACACGCCCGAAAACACAACGGGUAUAACAUGGUUUUGACCGGGGCGGCGUUCGUUGACCAUGACGUGGCAUUUGAGAGGUAUUGGGGAAAAGAGGCGGAACCUGGGCGGAACAUGGUAGAUGAGGUUUUCAACUGUGAGGAUGUUUUGAUGAACUUUUUAUACGCAAAUGCCACGGUGGGGGGCGUGUCGGUGGAGUAUGUGAAACCGGCUUGGGCUAUCGAUACGUCGAAGUUUUCGGGUGUGGCGAUAAGUGGGAACACGCAGGCACAUUACCGGGUGAGAAGCCAGUGUUUGGAGAAGUUUAGCAGGUUGUAUGGAGGAUUGACUGAUCGGAAAGUUGAGUUUCGGCGGAGGAAGGACGGGUGGGAUUUGUAGUUUUACGGCGGAUUGCUAUGGUUGAGCCAUGGUGGUCUGUCGACCGGCAAAACAACCCGGUUUUGCUGCUGGAUGCAAAAAUGUUUUUGUAUAGAGGCGUAAUUAUGAAAGAAAAUAAGUUAUAUGAGCAAAUUUUGAUAAUGGACAAUGGUGAUUUAUUUA